UUGUGUGUGUGUAUUUCUUGUAUUUCUUGUUUUGUGUAUUAUUGUAUAUUACUAAUAAUUUUGUAAUAUUAUUACAAUAUUGUAAUAUUGUAUUAUUAUGUAAAUAAUAUUUUAUGUUAACACAAUCAUGGCGAUAGAUAGAUAGAUAGAUAGAUAGAUAGAUAGAUAGAUAGAUAGAUAGAUAGAUAGAUAGAUAGAGAAGCCUGUGUAUAAUGCAUUUACGUGUUAUGUGUUUUUAAUUUGGGAAAACGAUUUGUUUCAGUUUCUAGAUGUUUGACUAUAGAAAAUGAACACACUUGAUUGACACUUGUUUGUAAAAUGUAGCUAAGUGUUAUGAAUCCUUUUUUCUACUAUAUCACUCUAUAAUUCAUCACAUUAUUCUGUAUUUUUACAGUAUAUAUUAUAACGUCCUCAAAUGUUUUCAAACAAAUAUGAUGUAAUAGAGGGCGCAUGCGCAGUUUGCAGCGCACAGCCAUUACGAGAAAAAGAAAAGGUGAUGUUUCUGUUCUGGAGCGCGUUAUAUACGGAUAUUACAAUAGUGUUCGCGAAGACAGACAUCAAAACAUUUGACCGAGAACAUCUCCUUGACUGUCACCUCUCGCGCUCCUCGAGAUCAUAAACAUAAACAUUCAUCACCACCAUCAUCUGUUUACAUCUGGACGUAUUUGAUAUAAAAAGUUGUCUGGAUAGUUAAGUUGAUAUCAUGCUGGGCGAUGCUUUUGGACAUCGUGUUGAAUCCAGCGUGGAGAAUAAAGCAGUGAAGAUAAGCAGAUCCAAACAAGCGCUCUUGAAGAAGAGAGGACGAAACGUUCACAAUAAACCCAACAAAGCAUCAGGAAACAUCAACAAAAGCAGCUUUAAACCUCCAAUAACCACCCAUGAAGAGCUCAAACCAGCUCAGACUAAACCAGCCACGAAUAAACAGCAGCUGAACUUAAAAACUGAAAGUGCUGAACAAGAAAUCCAGCCCAGCAGACAGUCUCUGCACAGCUCGAGCCAUCUUGAGCAAACCACCGACAACCUGAACAAACGGAGACAGUGGAACAAGCAAAGAAACGCAUCAGACAACACUCAGCUUCCCAAAAGACAGGAGACCCCCCCACACAUGGGGAAGAUCACAGCUGAGGGCCUCAGGAGGGUGAGCGUUUGCCCUCCUGAUCUCUCGUCGGAGGCAGAGAAGACGUACGCUGGAGCGAAGUUCAGCGAGCCGCCCUCGCCCAGCGUCCUCCCCAAACCGCCCAGCCACUGGGUGGGAGAAGGUGCUCUUCAGCAUACAGCUGUACAGCAGAACUGCAGCAAAGAGCAGAUGUCUGUGCACCUCAAAACCCUGCUGAAGGUCCGAGCAGAACCCUGAGCUCGUAAUGGGACACUUCAGAAAAUAAUACGGACUGGUGACAUCCCGUUCAAGAACUAUUGAACUUUGCAGUUGUUUAUGAAAGCUAAUGUGAGUUAAAGGGAUAGUUCAGCCCAAAAUGAAAUUAUUUACUAGGGCUGGGUAAAUAAAUCAAUACGUCGCGAAUCGAGAAAUGAUUCAGCAUCGAUUUUCUCUCGAGUCAAUUCUGAGAUGGCGUUGCAUGCUUUAGAAACAGCCGUACUCUGCUCGUUUCCAAAUCCUUACAUGCACUCAAACCUAAAAUAAUCGUUUGUAAAAUUCGAAAAGGUUGAAGCGAAUUACAAGGGUGUUCACAGCGGGCUGUGUUUACAUUAAUCUCGCGUCAUAAAAGCAUUCUGAGCCGAGGUGAAAUUACAGACUCAGUUGAACGCACAAGCACUUUUCAGCACUCCUCUUCAUGAGCAUUUGAGUGUGCGGAUAGGGCUGCAGGAUCUUGUCAGUAAAGCCGGUUCUGUAAUUAGUAGUAAAUCUCCAUCACGUGCUUUCAGAUGGAGCAGCAUUUACUACAGAGAGCCGUAGUUCUCUGACAAGCUACGCAAAAAAAAAACACAGACGAUAUAAUCAUGUGAUUAUGAAAUCGAAGAUAUUGUUCUGUGAUAAUGACAGCUGUUUGCAUAGCUUCUCAGUGAACUACGGCUCUGUGUAAUAACAAAUGCUGCUCCAUCUGAAAGCACAUGAAAAUACCACAUUUAAUAAUGUUUUUACUCCAAACUCACUUCAUAAUGUCAGUCAAGUGUUUGAAAUAAAUCCUUCUGUGAGAUGAUGUGGCUUCUUACACAGAAUAAGGCACGGAACAUAUUUCAUAGUAUUCUAAGCAGUGAUAAAGACUAUGUCGAUUACCAUUGCAUUCUUAUAUACUAUAUUACAAUGAAAAUUAUAAUAAGAAGAACUCAGAUAAACCAUACAGUAUCUCAUAGAAGUGAGUACACCCCUCAUAUUUUGGUAAAUAUUUUAUUAUAUCUUUUCAUGUGAGAACACUGAAGAAAUGACACUUUGCUACAAUGUAAAGUAGUGAGUGUACAGCUUAUAUAACAGUGUAAAUUUGCUGUCACCUCAGAAUAAUGAAUGAAUGAAUGAUGCAUUUAUAUAGCGCUUUAAUGUGUACUGCUAUACACCCAAAGCUCUUUACAGUCGUAUGGGGGGUCUCUUCUCAACCACCACCAGUGUGCAGCAUCCACUUGGAUGAUGCGACGGCAGCCACAGGACAACGGCACCAGUGCGCUCACCACACACACACCAGCCACAGGUGGAGAGGAGAGAGAGUCAUAGAGCCAAUCAGACAAAUAACUCAACACACAGGCAUUAAUGUCUAAACCGCUGGCCACAAAAGUGAGUACACCCCUAAGUGAAAAUGUACAAAUUGGGCCCAAUUAGCCAUUUUCUCUCCCCGGUGUCAUGUGACUUGUUAGUGUUACAAGGUCUCAGGUGAGAAAGGGGAGCAGGUGUGUUAAAUUUGGUGUUAUUGCUCUCACUCUCUCAUACUGGUCACUGGAAGUUCAACAUGCACCUCAUGGCAAAGAACUGAGGAUCUGAAAAAAAGAAUUGUUGGUCUACAUAAAGAUGGCGUAGGCUAAAAAAAGAUUGCCAAGACCCUGAAACUGAGCUGCAGCAAGGUGGCCAAGACUAUACAGCGGUUUAACAGGACAGGUUCCACUCAGAACAAGCCUCGCCAUGGCCGACCAAAGAAUUUGAGUGCACAUGCUCAGCGUCAUAUCCAGAGGUUGUGUUUGGGAAAUAGACGUAUGAGUGCUGCCAGCAUUGCUGCAGAGGUUGAAGGGGUGGGGGGUCAGCCUGUCAGUGCUCAGACCACACGCCGCACACUGCAUCAAAUUGGUCUGCAUGGCUGUCGUCCCAGAAGGAAGCCUCUUCUAAAUAUGAUGCACAAGAAAGCCCACAAACAGUUUGCUGAAGACAAGCAAACUAAGGACAUGGAUUACUGGAACCAUGUCCUGUGGUCUGAUGAGACCAAGAUAAACAUAUUUGGUUCAGAUGGUGUCAAGUGUGUGUGGUGGCAAGAGGUGAGGAGUACAAAGACAAGUGUGUCUUGCCUACAGUCAAGCAUGGUGGUGGAAGUGUCAUGGUCUGGGGCUGCAUGAGUGCUGCCGGCACUGGGGAGCUACAGUUCAUUGAGGGAACCAUGAAUGCCAACAUGUACUGUGACAUACUGAAGCAGAGCAUGAUCCACUCCUUCGGAGACUGUGCAGGGCAGUAUUCCAACAUGAUAACGACCACUACCUUGCUAAAGAAACUGAGGGUAAAGGUGAUGGACUGGCCAAGCAUGUCUCCAGACCUAAACCCUAGUGAGCAUCUGUGGGGCAUCCUCAAACGGAAGGUGGAGGAGAGCAAGGUCUCUAACAUCCACCAGCUCCGUGAUGCCGUCAUGGAGGAGUGGAAGAGGACUCCAGUGGCAACCUGUGAAGCUCUGGUGAACUCCAUGCCCAAGAGGGUUAAGGCAGUGCUGGAAAAUAAUGGUGGCCACACAAAAUAUUGACACUUUGGGCCCAAUUUGGACAUUUUCACUUAGGGGUGUACUCACUUUUGUGGCCAGUAGUUUAGACAUUAAUGGCUGUGUGUGGAGUUAUUUUGAGGGGACAGCAAAUGUACACUGUUAUACAAGCUGUACACUCACUUUACAUUACUUUACAUUGUAGCAAAGUGUCAUUUCUUCAGUGUUGUCACAUGAAAAGAUAUAAUAAAAUAUUUACAAAAAUGUGAGGGGUGUACUCACUUCUGUGAGAUACUGUAUAUUGACAUAGAACCUGUGUUUAUUAGUCAUGCUGAAUCAGUAAAAGCAGUUAAAUCUUCUGUUUAUUCAGCUAGCGUUAUAGGGAUUUCCUGGAUUUCUUCUGCGGGGCAUAUUUGGAGUUUCUCUGGCUUUUAGAUGGAGAUUUACUACUAAUUACAGAACUGUGCUUCACUGACAAGAUGCGCAUGACAAUCGCAGCUUUUGCUUAAUCGCGAUUGCGAUUUCAUUGCGAUUUAUCAUGCAGCCCUACUAGAUUAGAGCGCCAUCUGCUGUUAAAAUCUAAGCUCAGAAUCGAUUCCAGAGAGAAUCGCGAUGCACUCGGAAGAUCUUAGAUCCACGAAUCGAUUCUGUAACGAUUUAUUGUCCCAGUCCUAUUAUUUACUGAGCCAGCUCCAUGUCCUUCCAAACCUGUAUGAUUUACUUUUUUCUGUGGAACACAAAAAAUGAUGUUCUGAUGAAUGUUAAUAACCAAACCGUUUUGGUUACCAUUGACUUGCACUGUAUAGACCAAAAAAAAAAAACACACAUCUUGCAAUGUUCCACAGAAGAAAGAGAGUCAUACAGGGUUAAAACAGUAAAUCAUGACUGAAUUUUCAUGUUUGGGUGAUCUAACCUUUAAAUAUGAUGACAUGUGGAAGUGAAAACACAGAGACAUUUAAUGUGUAUAUUUUUUCAUGUUAAUUUACCUGAAAAACUCAAAUUAGUUUUGUUACUGAAGCUCAUAAUCGGUAUCACGAUUUAUUUACAUUCAUGUAACACCAGUAUGUGUAACGUUUUGCACAAGAAUGAAAAGUGUGAGCUAUUUAAGAAAGUGUCGGGCAAGAGGUGCAGCAUGUCAGCACAGACAAUCGCCAUGAAGAACUGGACCGCUGAUGGCAAGAAAGUGGUGUUUUUUUUGUUGUUGUUGUUUUUUUUUUACCUUAUAAUGAAGCACUGUGGACCGUAAGCAACUGCCUAUGUCAGUAUUUGAGUAAUGAUAUUUUUUAUUUCAACUGCACAAUUUGUUUUUAAUUGUCUAAAGAAUGUACCAUUUUUAUACGGAGCCCCACGCAUGACUUAUGGGGAAAAUAUCAAUUGUUGCCACGAAUUAAGAAUUUGUUCCCUCGUAAAUCCUGGUCACAUUUCACUAAUUUGUUUCCUGAAAAGAAGGGAACAAAUUAGUGGAACUUAGUCAUGAUUUACUAAAAUAAGGAACAAAUUAAUGAAAAAUGAGGGAACAGAUUCUUAAUCUGUGGCCACAAUAAAUAUAUAUUUGUGUUGGGAUGUCAUGCUCAGGGCUCUGUAAUUUUGCACGUGUUAGUGUUGGGAUUUACACUUGAUUUUAAAUUCUUUAAAACUAAUUUUCUCACUGCCUUUCAACAUCAUUAUUUUUUAUCAUCCGCAUCAGUUCAAAAAGAAAAGUGGAUACAAUAAUCAUUUUUAUCUUUUUAUUCCGCACAUGAUGAAAUAAAGAGUUUUGGCCCCAUCAUCUUUGUGUGUUUUGAGACUAGAGGUUCAUUAUUGGUCUGCUGAUGUAAGUUAACUGUAUUCAGUAUUUCUGCAUGUUGCAAAAAGUAUUCAGAUCCCAGUCUAAUCUUAACAAAUUCUCCUAUCAUUGAAUCGCUAAUUAUCAUGGCUUAUUUUCUGAGCGCUCAAAACAAAUUGUAUUAAUGUCUCACUCAUGAAUUGAAACAGAGCCCAGUGCUCAAUGCAGUUUUGAGGCUCCAUGCAAUAAAACACAUUUUUUUACCAAACCCUGUUAUGUUCUUAAACAUAUGGAGAUACUUUUAUUGACAUUCUUGUAUUCUUGUAUCCUUAUACUGUACAUGAUCAUUUUUCAUAAUUUUUCAAAUCAUUUUAUGGAUCUCUGUAUCCUUAUACAAUACCACUGGCUCUCAGUACAUUACUGCAGGCUUAUGGAGUAUAACUGGUGUAUGAUUUUACUUAUGAAAUUACACUGACAAAUCAGCCUCCUAAUCAUUAAAGUCAGCAUAAAACAACGUUACAACUUUGAUUUUGACUGUAUAUCAUGCAAGCAGUUCAGAAAAUAAUUCAAUUUAAAUUUGAAAUCAAUAUAGAAUAAUUACGUAAGAUUUUAAAUGCCAAUAUCCUGAUCUUCAAGCAAAUGGAGAUGAAUGCAAAAUUUCUGAAUAACAUCCACAAAUCCGACUUGUGAUGCAUCCUAGAUUCAUAAACCACACCAUGUUCAUUCAUUUAGGCCAGAAGAAAACUGGUCCCCCGACUGAACCUGGUUUCUCUGUUUCUGUCACCUAGCGGAGUCUGGGUUCCUUGUCACUUUCAUCUUUGGCUCGCUUAUUUGGGGUUUAAAAGACACUAAAUAUUCAAUAAUAUGAAUGUUCAUUUCUUAAUAUUAAUUUGCCUGCACUGACUGUUAUCGGAUGAGGACACUGAAGUGAAUCGAGCUGAAUAAAGACACUAUUUUCUUCUCUAGAGCUGCUUUUUAGCUGAAUCCAAUUUGUUUCAUAAUUGACAAAUCAACACUGUUAUUGAACUGAUCUGAAUCAACAUUGAACUGACUCAAGCUGAAUAAUGACACCUGACUUUUGUAAAGCUGCUUUACAGAAUUGGUCUCAUAUUUGAUGACGCUUGCAUCGAUUCUGUUAUUUUUUCUGUUUAUUACUAUGAGGCUGCUUUGAAAAUCUGUGUUGCAUAAAGCUUU